AUGUAUUUCCCAAUUGUAAUCGUGCUGUUCGUAGCGCUGGCCAAUGGGGAAUCGCACAGUAUAAAUCAGGAUCCAGAGGAAUGCCAUUGUUUGCCGAAGCAUCUCUGCUCUACAGGAAUCGAGGGAGAUGAUGGUAUUCCAACGCUCCGAAUUGGCGAAGACAAUGCAUGUGCAGAUUUCAUGAAAGGAUGCUGCAAGGAGUCAGCUAAAAAGUUGGUGGAAAAUCUGAAGUGUGGAAUUUCCAACCCUGAAGGAUUGGUGUACAAUCUGGAAUCGAAUCUCACGUACGCGAAAUAUGCGGAGUUUCCUUGGACUGUUGCUAUAUUGCAAAAAUCUUCCUCCUCGGACCAUUCCGAACUGACACUCGUCGGAGCAGGUACUCUCAUUCAUCCGAAGUGUGUCCUAAUGGCCGCUCAUACGUUGACUAAACCGCAUCGAUAUGUAGCUCGGUUUGGUGAGUGGAACAUGAAUUCAGAUGCGGAGAUCUAUCCAUCGCAGGAUAUUGAAAUAGAAGCACACAUCUUACACCCUGACUACUUGGAUGAAAUACCACCCAAGAAUGAUUUAGCUCUUGCCAUACUGCAAGAAACGGUCAUCUACUCGGAUCAUAUUCGACCCCUGUGUCUUCCAAGCGCACAAGACGUGUUCGUUGGAAAGCGGUGCAUUGCCACCGGAUGGGGUUUGGACAUACGAACGGAGCAGCCACCGUCCGUCAUGAAGCGGAUUGAAAUGAACGUUCAGUCACAAUACGACUGUGAGCUUUUCUUUACGAAGAUGAGGAUUUCGUUUCUACCGAAGGAUCGUUUAAUAUGUGCAAACACGAAUGAAUACCAGAACACGUGUAUGGAAGAUGGCGGUGCUCCUUUGGCAUGCCAACGGGACGAUGGGUCUUACGCGUUGGCUGGAAUAUCUUCGUGGGUUGUGUACUAUCGUUCACCGAGUUUACCGGCAGCUUAUGUCGAUGUAGCGAAGUACUCUCACUGGAUAAAGGACAUAAUCGACGAACUUGACUAA